AAUAGAAGUUUGAUACAAUUUAUAGAAUAUUACCAAAUCUGGAUACCCAGAACAAAAACAAUUGUCAAAAUUUAUUGUCAUUUUGUCAUAGUGUUUCAGUUAAUUUGGAAUUUGCCGUAAAUGUUCAAAUAUAUACGCGUAACGGUCUGUCCAAAUUAACUGAAAUACUCUCAGUGACCUCAAAAACAUCGUUGAAAACAUUAGCUCACACCUGUACUGUGUUCAACGUAUCAGACGAAGGAUUACGGGCCUUGCUCUCCACAGUUUGCUGCACAUUACCUAACCACACGGCAUCACGGCUGGUUGAUGGCACCACUGACAUAAAAUACGUAUGGUACUCCUAAAAACACCACACAUACGAAGUCUUGGUCCAGGAAAAGCUUUUUUGAAAUGUUUUUCUUCCAUUUCUACUUCCAUCCAACCAAGGAUGUUAUAUUGUGUUGGAUCGUUGCCGAGCGGUAUAGAAUGGUUCCAAAUUGGAAAUUUAAUGCGAGCCGAGAGGUAUAAAGAGAAGAAUAAAUUUACCAACACAUAGGGAGGUGAAAUUGGAUUCAGAAACGGCUUUUGUGAUCCAUCGACAAGGUUCUUAUGCCUUAUAAAAGGGAAAAACGGGAGAGAAGAACUCUCACUGCAGCAAUGUCUGCGUGAGUGAGAAAUCUUUAUUACCACAUUGUGAGCAUAAAAAGUGCAUGUGCUCUGGGCUGGGGUAACAGAUAGGGUAGCAACGAGACACUGGUUGGGCGGCCCAGGCUCAUAAAACAUGUGUUUAAUGCGAUGGCUUAAAACCGAGGAAGCACAUGCAACAUGAGCCAAGUGGGGUUCACAGCAGCAGAACGCGCCUGGUCAGACCUGCGAUAUAGCACAGGAAGAUGCUCUGCACCACACCGACAAGAAACGCCGAAGCUGAGGAACAAACAGGUUACACUAAAAACACAAAUUCAUUGUAAUUGAAUCAUCUAUAUUCGGAUCAACUGACACGAACCGACUGCGACAGGGGAGCUCAUCUACGACCACACCGAGGGGGUCCAUCAUUGAGUAACAUUUUUAGCUUGUGUUUGCUGCUUAAAAAACAUCCAUCCACCGUAACGUGUGAGAGGAGCAGGAGAGUGAGCACCGCAUGGCAUCCAUCCAGUUCCACCAAACGAUGUGACCGGACUGAAGGCAGGGGUAUGAAAAAGCAUUAGACGGCGACGAAGGCCCCCUUAGGUCGUCUCGGAUGCACGUAGACAGGGCAGGGUAUGCAAGGCAACAUAACAACUGCUGAACCGAAUCCCCCGUGAAGAGGAGGAAGUUGAAAUUAUCAUCUCUCAACCUACCGAGCGAGAAUCGCUUGCUUCUCUCGGCUUAACGAUGUCGAAUGCGGAGCUACAUCAAACGAACAACUCAAAGGUGCAGCAGUCUCAUUUGAGCAACCAUUCAGUGUAGAGCGCAUUUGCUCUUCGUCCACAAAGUGAAGUGUAAUUAAUCAUUUAAAUUGCGAUCAUAUUAGCAUUGAUUUCCUCAUCUCGAAAGAAGCCUAACGGCCAUGGAACGUUAAAGUGUGGCUAACUUGGUCAUCACGGUCUUGAACUAAGUUAUCUAGUGUAGGAAACAGGAUUAUCAAAGUGAUGAUCAACCGAAACAUGCUCUGCUGCGACAAACCGCUGUCCUCUGGUGGCGUGCAGUGUAACCGAUCCGCGAGAGUGGGCCCUGGUGGACCAUUAAGGCAACCGGAUAGUUUGCUGGACACGACAGCCCGAAUCGUAGCGCAAAAUGAACCGUUUCAAAAAAUCGAAGAACGCUAUGAUCGAAUACCUGAGCCUGUGCAGAGGAGGAUUAUUUUCUGGUCAUUUCCACGGAAUGAGAAGGAUAUCUGCAUGUACAGUUCACUAUCCAGGGUGUCCUCCAUAAAUUCCGUCGAGCCUCAAAGCUUAAGCUUUUGCGCCGGUUUGAAACUUGUGGAGUCCGGAUGUGUUGAAGAUGUACUGCAAGUUGGAUUUCAUCUCAGCGGGAUUGUGUGGACGUAUCCGCCAAAUCCCACUCAGCGGCAGUCAUCUUCAUCUGGGUCAACAUCAGCAUCCAGUGGAAAUCGUCAUGACAUCCCGUACCAAUUCCCCGGCAUUAAUAAUAGUCACCAGCACAACUAUAUUGGAAACAAUAAUCAUCACCAUAAUCCACAUAAUCAUCGGCCUUUGACUCCCCCGCCUUUACACCAGGCACCGUUAGCCCCAGGGCCUCCCAUGCCACCAGGUGGGCCGGUUAUGUUUCCGCCACCCCCGGGAAUUGCACAACCAGUACCACCACAAUAUAACAAUAAUCCAAAUAUUGAUCGUGAUGGAUUUAACAAUAUUUCAACCUCGUCAUCUUCAGGCCAGGCCAACAUGGAAGAGAACAAAAAAUUCAAAGUGUCAGUCAGCUUUGAUAGAUGUAAAAUCACAUCAGUGACGUGCAGCUGCGAUACGAAGGACAUAUUCUGGUGUCAUCAUGUGGUAGCAUUAGCUCUUUAUAGGAUUCGCAACGCAGAUACAGUCAAACUCAGAGUUCCUAUUUCAGAAACGCUACUACAAAUGAACCGUCAACAACUACAAAAGUUUAUUCAAUAUCUGAUCUCAGAACAUCAUACGGAAGUGUUACCAACCGCUCAAAGGUUGGCUGAUGAAAUCCUACAGCAAAGAUCGGAAAUUAAUUCGAUAUGCGGAGCUCCUGACCCCACUGCUGGGGCUUCCAAGGACGACGAUCAUUCAUGGCAUUUGGACGAGACUCAAGUUUGUGAAGCUGUCAAAACGUACCUCGGUCAGGGCAGUUACUAUUACAGUAGCAAACACUUGAAUUCGUUGUUCGGGAAAGUGCGGGAAAUGCUGCGCGCACAGGAUUCGAAUGGGGCAAGAAUGCUAACGCUCAUAACGGAACAAUUUCUCAACGACCCCAGAUUAGUAUUGUGGAAAAACCAUGGAACACCAAUGACUGAAAAGUGUCGCCAACUGUGGGAUCAACUAGGAGCACUAUGGGUUUGCAUAGUACUAAACCCAAAAUCCACCCAUGCAGAGCGACUCCAUUGGAAAGCACUUUUAGAAAAAUGGUCGAAAAGCGAAGUGUGCCCGCAAGAAGAUCCAGAUCUAAGAACUUCUACGAGGGAAAGCAUUCGAGAGCGUUCGAAUCGCGAACGAGAACGAGACCGGAAUCGGUUCUUUCGGGAAAACAAUCUACGGAACAUGAUGUACUAUAACCAGAAUAAUGUUCACCCGAAUGAUCAUCACAGGAAUUAUAACGACAGAAAUAUAAACAACCGAGGCAAUAACAAUAUAGAAGGCCAAAACAACGGCCAAAAUGAUAACUAUGAUAGCUCAGAAUCGGAUUCCGAUUCUGAUGAAGAAAUGGAAGAGAAUAAUGAAGCAGAGAAUGGUGAAGGAGGAAACAAUGUAGAUCCUAAUGUAGCCAAUCCAGCUAAUCCAGACCAUAUGGAGGAGGAUGUCGAUCAGGUUCAUAACAUACUGCAAGACAUAAAUUUUGGAGUUAAUGGUGAAGUAAGCAAACCUGACGAUAAUGACUACAUCAACUUGAAUCUAAUAAGCGAGAAUAGUAACCUCAACCCGAUUCUCCCGGAAAACGAUGAUAGUUCUAGAGAGUCUAUGGACGGUGAUAACGAUGCCCCGAUGCCCGGACCAAGUGGAAUUUCAGCAAAUAAAGCUAUCAAACAGGACAACUUUUUCCGAAGUAAUCCUUGUAUCUGUGGCGAGGAAAAAUGCGAGUGCAAUCGUCCAGUCUUCUUUGAUGAAAUCAAACCUGGCAAAUUCUUCGAUUGCGAAGCUUCAAACUUUAUGGUAACAGAGGAUGCCAAUCAGGGCUGUGAGCCACUGAAAGUCAAUGAACAUGAAAUAUCUACUGUUGAACUUGAGACUGGUGAGGAUAAAAAUGAAAAACACUGUGAUAUUUUAGAAAAAAAUAAUUUAGGUUCAUUUGAAGAUCUUGCCGUGCCUGGACCUUCAGGAUUGUCAAGAUUGUCUCUUGUUCCGGUCUCAACCGCACCGUCGACAUCCGCAUCUUCAAUGGAUUGCAAAUGUCACAACGAUACAGAUGCCAUGGCCGGUGCAUGUACUAGCAAUAAUACAACAGGCAGUUGCAAUAGUAAUGCCGAAAAAUCCGACAAGUCUGAUAACCUCACUGAAACUAGUCAAUCCAAUGAAGAGAGACAAUCGUCGGCCUUGAGAGAUAAUGAAGCCAAUAAAGUAAACCAAAACGAAGCGGAAUCAGAUGAUCCUCAGCCAGGCCCUUCUCGUGCAGCUGAUUACAGCGCAAAACGUCCACAACCUGUAGCAAACGAUCGCAAUAAUGAUAAUAAUGGGCGGCAUUGCAAACGUCUCAAAUUGAACAACGGAAAUUGGGUUGGAAAAAAUGUCAACAAAACUCCACGUACUAUCUUUCAUAAAGCAUUAGAUGCUGUGAAUAUGACUUGGGAUAAUGAUCAUUUGAAAUUCAUUCUGGAGUCCGAUAGUUAUUCUAUUUCGAGCCAAAAUUCAGUACAAAUUGCUGGAUCAAGUAAAUCGUUCAGCAAUAGCCCAAGUGCAAAGUCGAACUUCAAUGCAGUUGGACAGCCACUAUGGCAUGAGCAAAUAUCAAUGACUGCAGCCCGAAUUGAUUCGUUACGUUCACAUGGUCACAUAGAAGCAGCGUUGAGACUCUCCGUUAGUGUUGUGAGAACAAUGAGAGAAAUUCAGAGGGAUGCCCAAGCCUUGUGGCAUCGUCAUAAACCAAAGAUCGCUGAAGUUAAAAUAGUUGAACCGGUAUGUAGCUGCCAAAGUACUCCAGUAGCUACGGCUGCUUCAUCAACGUCCACGAUGGGAUCACGAAGUAAGGAUAGCACUUCACAACAAAUGCCUCCACCUCCUGUCCCUGGACCACCCGCGAGUUCUUCUUCAGCGUCCAGUAGUAACAAGGUUUGUAACUGUCCUGCUCAUCAGCAACAUUUGCCAGUUCCUCCGCCGCCACCACCACCACCACCCCAUCAGCAAUUCCAGCAGCAUCCACAAAUUAAAAAAGACUGUUCGAAGUGUCUACAAAUAAAGUGCUACUAUGAGUCUGUUGGAUCAACAGGGCAUGGAUCAAAUUCGUCGAAACAUAACUACUACAAUAAUAUGAUCAGGAACAGUCGUGGUGGUAUGAUAUGCCAUUCAGCAAAAUGCAAUCCCUUUAUUCCGCCACAAGCUGAGAUGUUCCGUAAUCCACAGCCACAUUGCAGCCGAGAUUAUCGAUAUAUGAAAUUCAGUAUGCCUCCCACGCAACAGCAUCCUCAUAUGCAUCAUAAUCAUCAUCAUCACCACCAUCAGCAUCAGGGAGUACCACCAGCAUUGUUGGGUCCACCUCAAGGACCGCAUCAUAUGCACCCAAGUGGCCAUCCAAUGCCACCACUCCCUGCUAUGAUGCCACCUCAGCAUGUAUCAAAUGAACAUCCCCCGAUGCCACCAAAGUGUAAUUGCCCAGUGCAUAAAGAUGAACGUAACGAUCCACUGCCAUCUUCUGGAUCGUCCAAUAUGGGCCCUCCAGUAAAUGGGCCCGUACCUGGGCCGUCAUCUUCGUCAUCAGGACUACCGCCUCCUCAACCACCGCCUCCCUUGGCCCCAUUUCAUCCGCAAGAGGUGCUUCAAAAGUCCCAUAUGGCAUGCUCGCAGCACGACAAAAAUCAGUGCUGUAUUAAAAAUAUAUGCUGUAAAAUGAUCGCACAAGCAAAGCAUUUAGAAAAGCAAUACCCUAUGGGACCUAACGGACCAGCCGGGCCAGUUGCUCCUGGGCAAUAUAUGCCCUCACCAUGUAACUGUGGAAUGCAUUCAAAUCCACAUGGAAUGUACGGUGGUCCAGUUUACAAUAACAGUGGUCCAACUCAUGCCAUUCAAGCCGGACCAAGCACUUCUCGUUGUGCGAUGAAGUCAUACGACCGAAAUCAUGCAGCUUCCUAUCCUGAAUGUGACGCAAAUGGAGCGGCUGCAUGUUCAUCAAAAUCUAUUCCAAAAAGUACUCAAUCAAACGCCAUGCAACAUUGCAAUGCGGAAGCGCCGGGACCAUCAACUGCUAUCCCAUUAUCUACGUCCUCGACUGUUCCUAUUAAAAUCCAUCAGCCAGACUGUGCACUCAAUAAGAAACCCAUAGAUUGCAACAAUAGUUCAAAGACAAAAGCAAAUGCCACCAACACUUCCUCGAAAGCUUCAUCAGUGUUGGAUCCGAUCAAAAUCAAUCGAAAACCAAACUGUUUAUCGAAAUGCAUUGAUUGUAGCAUCGGUUGUGAGGUAGAGUUCCCCCUAGAUGCGAUAGCAUGCAUUUUCGAUUGCCUAACAGAAGCAUGCAUAAUGCCAGAAGCGAUGGUUAACGAAAUGAGCCGCAUGGCCUACGAAAUUGGCGCAAACGGAAACGGUCAAAACAACGCGGCUCCAGAGGAUGUUAACAUUAUUCCACCCAAGUAUCGGCACAUUCCGGUCCCAGGAAGCAAGGAUAAAUAUGAAACAUACCUAACGUUAGCAUUUGAGGCCGCAAUCCUAGCUUUAAGCAAACAGCGCAUAAUGCCACAUGGUUUGUAUGCACAACAUGUAAUAUGCAAACAACAGGAUCAGUUGAUCUCUCGCUUGAGAAAUAUCGAUCUCGACCAAAUGCUGAUUGAUGUUUUGAAGAAUCUUAGUAUUCAGUUAUUGGACGGUGGUCCUACCAGCGGUCUUGGAGAGAUGAUCCAUCCGGAGUCAGUUCCUAUGCAUACACUGGCCAGAUUUCUGUUUGCCUCCCUACUAAAUCAGUAUUCGGAUUUGGCCUUCAGCAUCGGAUUACGCGCGAUGCGUUUCCCCAUUCUCGAAAAUAUUACCGAAGGGUCGGUCAAUGGGAUUGAGAUGCAACACAAUAACUUUAUGCAUUCGCCUUAUCCGCGAUGGUGGACACUGGGACAUCUAGAGACGCAGCAAUGCUCACUUAGUUCAACUAUGCUGAGUGCCGCCAAGGGAGAUACCAAGCGGCUCUCGGCAGUAUUGGAGAAUGCUCGACGAAACAUCCACAGCUCGUCGCAUCUGUUCAAGCUGGCACAAGAUGCAUUUCGAUUCGCAACCCCUGAGAAUGGUCCCCGUAGUCAAACACUGUUGGGCGUGGCGUUCGAGCUAGGGCUUCAAGUGAUGCGUAUGACAUUGACAUGUUUGAAUUGGCGUCGCAGAGAGAUGGUGCGAUGGCUUGUAACAUGUGCUUCGCACGUGGGAUUGGAGGCAUUGAUGUCGAUCAUGCAAAAUUGGUAUCAUCUCUUCACACCAACAGAAGCGACAGGGCCUGUUGCCACAACAAUCAUGUCACACUCCACGAUUAUGAGGUUAAAUUUAAAUUUUCGACAGCAGGAUGAAUUGUCAAACUGCGCACGUACAUUAGCUCUUCAAUGUGCCACUAAAGAUCCACCAAAUUGUGCUCUGAAUGCAUUAACCUUGUGUGAAAACGAUGCGAUGGCCUUCGAAACAGCCUAUCAUAUUGUCAUUGACGCUGCUACCCACAUUAUGACUUCUAGCCAGUUAUUUACUAUCGCUAGGUACAUGGAACACAGAGGCUAUCCAUCUCGUGCGUACAAUUUGGCAAUGCUAGCAAUGAAAAAUGUACAAUUGGCAUACAACCAAGAUACCCAUCCUGCCAUAAACGAUAUCCACUGGGCAUGUGCAUUGUCACAUUCUUUGGGCAAAACCGAGUUGUCCAAGAUGAUUCCAUUGGUGAUAAAGAACGUGCAAUGUGCCACCGUUCUUUCGGACAUCCUACGUCGCUGUAGUGUCCCUACUCCAGGAAUGCAUAACUUCAGUACACACGGUAAUAAUAUGCGACAGUGCAUGAAGUUAAGCUACGACAGGGAACCGCUUAACCACCUUCUGGAAGCAGCUGUUUCCGCCUACGUAAACACUACUCACUCAAGGUUGUCCCAUAUAUCGCCAAGGCAUUAUAGUGACUUUAUAGAUUUUCUUAGCAAGGCCAGAGAUACGUUCAUGCUAGCUCGUGACGGACCUGCACAUUUCUCUCGUCUGAUCGAAAAUAUCACGAUUGCGUACAAAGGCAAGAAAAAAUUAGUUCGUCAGGUUAGGCAAAGAUUUCAGUUUGUCUAAAGCAGAUGAAUCAUACGCAUUACAUUAUGUAAAACUAAUGCACUGAACAAGAAAAAAAAAAGACAAAGCUAACUCAAAAUAACAUAAUAAAAAUCAUAGAUAGAAUAACAAAUUAUUAAGAAAAUUAUAGUUCUAAAUUCUAAUUUGUUUCUUUUUGGGACGUGUUAUUCACAUAGUAACUCACAGUAUUAAUCACAGUAAUAGUGUUCUUCCACUUUUGUUUACAAGAUUUUUGUUGUGGUUGCCUGUUUUGACCUUCUUUUUUAGGUUGUCGGGAUAGACUUAUCCCAUAUUUGCCGUUAGGUUUUGUUUUAUUCAUUCAUAAUUUUGCUAAGCAAAAAUAUAUGGAACGUGCAAAAGCUGUUAUUGUGCGAGUAAACUGCGCUCUAAAACGGGAAAUGACAAAAUUCUUUAUUAAUAAAAACAGAUACUGUAGCGAAGUGAUGUGUAGAAUAGACCAAUAAGCUUAGGCCAUGACUUCCAUUUUAUAACUAAUGCAAGCAUAAUACAGAAAUGACAUUAACUACUUACAUACUAUUAUAGCAAGUGUAAUAAAAUAUAUAUAGAAAAUUAUCGAAACAAAUCAAUAGCUUACAAGAAAUAAUCAAAUAUUAAAAUUAAGAAAUGAGUUACUAUUGCUACCAAACCAACUGAUAUGUGCGGAUACUUUUAUCAUAAGGUAAACAUAUGUACGAACUGAUCGCCGAAAGGUCCUAGUAGAUAAACGACAAAACAUUAUGAUAGGGAAAUGUAAUCACCAAAAUUCGGUAUCUCAGUAAUAAUUGCUAAUAUAUUAGCCAAGCCAGAUGUUCUGUGUUUAUAUUUUUUAAGAUUUUCAAUAAAACUUGUGCCACCAUAUCUGUGCCGAAUAAUUGACUUUGAAAGAUUUCAGUUUGAAUGAAAGACAAAGUACAUUUAGUAUAAUUUCGCCAAUUUAGUUAAAAUACCUCAACUAUUUAUGUAAAUUGAUUACUAGAUAAAUUUACAAAAUUGUACUUUAGUUCACCUUGUACUAUUUAACGCUGAAAUAAUAAAAAAUAAAAAAAAACACGCAGAUAUCGAGAGCAUGGAACUAAACAUGAGUAGGAAUAGAAUCAAAUUUAACAUAAUUACCUGUACGCAGAAAUAGCAGCCUACAUAAAGCAAAACAUUGAAUGAAAUACAAAACCUGUUCAAAGAACGCUGGAAUAAUAAUUUCAGCGCAUUACAUCAUUCACAAACAACAUAUGCAAAUAUUUACUGCCAAACAGACAAACUAAUCAAAUGAAGAUACCGAUUACAAAAUAAAAUAGUUUGAACCACUGUAAUUUAACAAAUAAAAUCCAUAAAUAAUCAUGUCAGUAUUUCUAUCUAAAUCUAAGAGGAGAUAAUUGACCAUGCAUGAGCGUUCCGCUCAGUACAAUGCUUUAUCAUUUUUAAGUCAAAUGUAUGACUAAAUGGCUCAAGACAUCGCAUUUACUUUCGCCAAUACUGAUGAUCGAUUUGUGUUUCAUUCUAAGCCUUUAAGGCGAAACUGGAAGCAUUUCCUCAUUUUUUUGGUUUUUGAUUUUUUAUUAAAUAACGAAGCAAUAUUUUUAAAAUCGGUUUUCGUGCACAUGUAGAGUAUCGAUCAGGGUAUCUUCUGAUUUUUUUUUUUGCGACAGAAAAUGUUUUUCGUUUUUUCAGAAUCCAUUUUUUAGUGAAAUUUUGUUCAAAAAUGAUUUCUGCAAAAACGAAAAACAUUUUCUACCGCGUAAAAAAUUCAGAAGAUACCCUGAUCCAUACUCUACAUGUGCACGAAAACCAAUUUUGAAAAUAUUGCUUCGUUAUUUUAUAAAAAAUCAAGAACCAAAAAGUGAGGAAAUGGAUCCAGUUUUGCCUUAACCCUUUCCUUCCCACGACUUUAGCGACUAUUUCUAUGCCAAGAAAGCAUUUUCGAAAAAAGUGCUUGAACAAAAAUUAUUGCAAAUUGGCUAAAUAUUUCAAAAUCAACAAAAAAAAAAAUAGUUGUUGUAAACCAAUAGUAUUUUGAUUGUUUCUCAAUAGUUGCACUAUUGAAACAAGUGAUUGGAAAUUGGUUUAUGUAGGUGGAAGUAGAAACGGUUUCUUGAGCAUAAUAAGUCAUGCGAACUAGUAUAUCAAAGCUACUGACCAUUUCCGGAACGUCAUUAAUUGUGGAUACACUUAAACGAAAGUUCUUUUUUGUUAUAUUGUUAUGUUCCCCUUACCUACAUUUGGCAACAAACCCCAUUUUUUCAAUAUUUUGUUAAGACGCGAGUUUUAUCUCAGGUACUGUAAAGUUUAAUUAACAAACAAAAUAACAUGUCGGCAGACAAAUUAAUGCGACAAACCUAAUUAUAUAAAUAUACGAAUACAUAUGAUAAAAUGCA